AGUUGUGUACGAGAAGCUUCUGGUCGGCGGGGGUGGCGGUGGAUGUGGAGAUUACUCCGGCGAGGUCUGCUUCCGACGAACCACCAGGUGCAGGUCUACUACAUACAGGCUCAACAACCCUCCCGAUGAUCAGAAUCUUCCAGACAAGGAGCAAAUGGAGCAAACCGCUGUUUUGGCUCUGGUUGGCAGCAUAAGCGGCCUUGCUGUACAGGAGACAUCCCUACCAUGCGGAGUCAAAGAUGAUGUGGUGUUCCUGAAAGAAGAGCUGGCGCGGCUGCAGGGCUUACUACAAGAUCUCCAUGACAAGCCAAGGCCAGGACAUGCCAUCAGUACCAUGGCCACCUCCGUCCGCCAGAUCGAAGAUUCCAUUGAAGACGCUGAGAAUGUCAUUGAAGAUUGUGAGUACAUGGAGAAGCGGAACAGGCUCUACAAAGGAUUCAUGCGUGCUACAAGGUGUGCUGUCUUACCAUGUGAUGUGACCACCCUCCAUGAAGUUGGUUUUGAAGUACGGCCUAUAAGAAGGAAGAUUUUUGGUAUCAAGGAUCAUAUGCAUAGCAUAAGUAGUAGUAUUGUCGGUGUUGAUGGGUUGUUAGACAUGCUGACUGUGGAGAGUGCAGAGAGUUCGUCCCCUCCCUGAAGCAACUUCGCCACUAUCUGUUCAUACUGAUCCUUGAAACCAACAAAGGCCAUGUCAUCUUGUAAACUCUGAGAGGAGGGGUAAAUUUAUCAUCCACAUCUUCAGUGUGGCUCAUGGGUGGUUUGGGAAAACAACAAUUGCUAGAAACAUACUUACUGGACCUGAGAUAAAAAAAAACACUUUGUUGUAACUGUUUGGGUGUCCCUUCCUAAAAAAUAGUACAACUUGUUAGGAUUUGAUUAAUCCUAUUAA